AUGCCAUUCACAAACCAGCCUUCACAGGCUACGAAGCCUCAAGUUGGAAAACAGUCAAUGGCAAGCAUGUGGACGCAGAUGUACCCGCCCAAACCCUCAUACACUGAGCAAGAUAUACCCGACUUAAGCGGCAAGGUCUACAUAGUUACUGGUGCAACUUCAGGCGUAGGCAUGGAAACAGCGAGGAUCUUGUACUCCAAGAACGCAAAAGUCUACAUUGCUGCCCGCUCAGAGACAAAAGCAGCUACCGCCAUCACUGCCAUUGAACAAGCACAUCAAGAGUCUUCCGGGACAGUUGUGUUUCUCCAUCUCGAUCUCGCAGAUCUGAACACUGUGCGAGCAGCUGCUUUGCGCUUCCUAUCCCAAGACACGACGCUCCAUGCACUAUUCAAUAACGCCGCCGUCCAAGCACUUGGCGACGCGGAUGGAUCGAAAAGCAAGACCGUGCAAGGCCAUGAGGUGCACUUGGGUGUCAAUGUACUAGCGCCGUUUCUCUUUACUCGGCUGCUGACUCCCGCUCUGGCGGCGACGGCCCAAAUCGAGUCCCCCGGCACCGUGCGAGUCGUUUGGGUUUCUUCCAUGGGCACCGAGACCAUUGGAGAGAAAGGUCGUGGUCUGUCGGCAGAUUAUGUCGAUUACUGGCCGCUUCUGUCGCCGCUCGAGCGGUACGGGAUGAGCAAGGCUGGAAACUGGCUACAUGGUGUAGAGUUUGCGCGACGCCAUGUAGACGAUGGAAUCAUGAGUAUGCCAAUCAAUCCUGGCCACUUGGCCUCAGAGUUGUAUCGUGAGGGUGGCUUCUUCUUCAAGAGGGUGUUGAAGGCUGUAGCACUGUUUCCGCCUGUUUACGGUGCUUACGUCGAGUUGUUUGCUGCGUUGUCCAAAGAGUUGAAACCAAAGGAUUCUGGAGCUUGGGUCGUUCCAUGGGGCCGGCUUUAUCCAAUCCGUGACGAUUUGAUGGACGCAACAAAGUCCAAAGCCGAGGGUGGCAACGGACAUGCAAAGGAGUUCUGGGAUUGGAGCGAGGAGCAAAUUAAGUCGUAUCUAUAA